GCAGCUGUUCAAGAACUACCUCAACGGCACCAUCCCGCCCUCCAUGGGCAACAUGAGGAGCCUGUACCAGCUCCACCUCACAUCCACCUCACAUCCACCUCACAUCCACCUCUCAUCCACCUCACAUCCACCUCACAUCCACCUCACAGCCACCUCACAUCCACCUCACAGCCACCUCACAGCCACCUCACGGGAGGCAUACCAGAUUCGUUCUCCCAGCUCACUGGCAUGCGCAAAUUGUGAGUGUGCUACCUUCCCCUCCCUCCAACUGCUUUACCAGUCCAAAAAUCCUAGCUAUGUGUCAAGCAACCUGCUGUCAGGCCCCUUCCCUCCUGUCCUUUGCAACAUGACGACCCUCUGGGAGCUGCGCAUCAGCUACAAUCACUUCUCUGGCACCGUCCCUGAGUGCAUCAGCAAUCUCAAGAACGCAUACUACCUUCAGACUCGCCCCUAUUGUUCAUACAGUCCAGGGCUUAUGCUCCCGCGUGCCUUUCUCCUUGGCAAUGGUUCCAUCCCCUUCAUCAAAUCUCCUCUCCCCUCCUGCGUGCUCCUCCCCCCCCGUGCUCCUCCCCCUGCGUGCUCCUCCCCCUGCGUGCUCCUCCCCCUGCGUGCUCCUCCCCCUGCGUGCUCCUCCCCCUGCGUGCUCCUCCCCCUACGUGCUCCUCCCCCUGCGUGCUCCUCCCCCUGCGUGCUCCUCCCCCUGCGUGCUCCUCCCCCUGCGUGCUCCUCCCCCUACGUGCUCCUCCCCCUACGUGCUCCUCCCCCUGCGUGCUCCUCCCCCUGCGUGCUCCUCCCCCUGCGUGCUCCUCCCCCUGCCUACAUAGACACCAACUGGUUCACCGGCACUCUCCCCAGCACCAUAGGCAAUUUGCCCCUGCUGCAGAACCUGUUCAUCAACCAGAACAGUCUGCAAGGCCCUCUGCCCGCCACCAUGACCUCCCUCACCAGCCUGCGCAUCCUGUCAGCCUCCCGCCCUCCCGUGCCCACUCUCUGCCCCUGCUGUUCUCUCCGCCCUCUUCCCUCUCUGCCCACUGCCCGCCACCAUCACCCCCCUCACCAACCUCCGCAUCCUCUUCAUGAGCAGCAACCCUAUCUGGACGGACCUCUGCUCAGCUUCAUGAGCAGCAAUCCCUAUCUGGACGGCCCUCUGCCGUCGGACCUGGGCAACAUGGUCAGCCUCACGGACUUCGUGAUGGAGUUUGCAGCCUUCAACGGCACCAUGCCUGAUUCCAUCACCAAGCUCACUCGCCUCUCCCGCAUGUCAGUCACGCCCCCUUCCUGCCCUGCCAAGCCCCCUACCUGUCCUCUCUCACUCGCCUCUCCCGCAUCUCAUCUGAUGGACAACUGUCGCUUCACCGGCUCCAUCCCACAGGGCCUCAGCAACCUCAAGGCGCUCACCGUGCUGUACGCCCUUGCUUCAAUAGAUGCUUGUUCACCGUGCUGUACGCCCUUGCUUCAAUAG